AUGAACGACGACGCCAUUGUGAAGCAGGGGUGGCUGCGCAAGUCACCCCCUGCCGGUGUCAUGAAAGCAUGGAAGAAGCGCUACUUCUGCCUCAAACGCAAGACGGCCCAAGGCGCUGCUCGGUUGGAAUACUAUGCUGAGACAAACAAGGCUGCGCGCGGCGUGAUUGACCUGCGCACGUGCAUCUCCAUUGAGGAGGCGCACCACGAGCCAGAGAAGAGCCGGUACAACUUUCGCAUCGUCACACAGGGUCGCACCUACACACUGCAGGCGCCGUCCUACGAUGAGAUGAAGGAGUGGAUGAAGGUGAUUUGUGACGAGGUCUUCCCACCAGAUGAUGGCCGUGCCAAGACAGCAACCCUCCCCAAGCAGCAGCCACCAGCCAUGGCCGCGCGCGCCCAGCUUGCCGUGCCCACACAGGAUGCUCCGCGCCGCACCUCCAUCUCCUUCAAGCGCCGCCCCGUCGUCGCGCCCGGCCCCCGCGCAAAGCCGCAUCAUCCGCAGCCCUCGCCGUCCUGCCCCUGGCUCUACGGCAAGAUUUCCCGCCAACAGACCGAGAGCCUUCUCGCCGACUAUGGCCUGCAGGACGGGCUGUUCCUGGUGCGUGAGAGCUCGCAGCCGGGCGCAUUUGCCAUCUCGGUCUGCUACAAGGGCAAGGUUGUCCAUCACCUCGUUCGCCCUCUCCCCACAGGCACAUUCCAAGUCAACGAGCACGAAUGCGGCGAGUGCACGUCACUUGACGAGGUGAUUGACUAUUUGGAAACGCCGAAAGGCCCGCCACUGAACUGGCGAUACGAGCUGAAGGUGUGCCCGAAGACAUACGAUGAGCAGCAGACUGGUGGUGCGGACAAACCCCCCGCCGAGAUGCCGCCGCUGCCGCCCAGAACGGACGGGGUCCAGAACGCCACCGACCCCGCAGGCAGCGGGCGCUCGUUUCCAGCCACACUCCUCAACGUGCGCUCCACAAACCCGCUGUCCGUGGCGCAGGGGGCGCCGUGCAUGGUGCGGAUAGGUGCGGGCGCCGUGACGCUGGUGGACUCAACCACAUCUCUCGAUGCCUGUACCUGGCCAAUCACAUCCAUCUUCGACUUUGGUGUUGAGCCGGCGCAAGGGUCGUUCUUCCUGCGGUCCAACGACGACCAGUGUGGCGGCGAGUUCCACUUUCAGAGCCAAUCGGCCUUUGACAUGCUCGCUCUCCUUCGCCAGCAGCUGCCGCCCAUGUCCCGCCAGGCAUCCGUCAAGCCGCCCGUCGCAAAGAAGCCGCCGCCACGCCCUGGCAAGACGGCGACACUUCCCAAGCACGCCGCCAUUGCUGAGGAGCCUGGCAGCCAGUACGAAAAGCCGAUUGACGCGGCAGAGAUGAUGAAGCCGGACACAAGCAAACCCAUGCCGCCACCCAUUACGGCAGAGAAGCCGAGUGCAUCCGCGCUGAAGAACGACUCGCUGAAGCAGAGCCUCGCUGGCGUUCUCCAGGGCCAGGCCGAGACGCUGCGCUCCGGCGGGCCACGCGCACCGCUCAGGCGCCCAGAGUCAUACAUUGAGCCGGAUGCUGAUGCGGCGACACCAACAGCGGCCGCGACAUCGUCGUCCUCAUCAAAGCGCACGAGCGUUGCCGAUAUCGGCGUGGCCAUCCCCGGUGUUGGCGCAUUUGACAUUACAAAGGCCCGCUCCGGCCUCAAGAAGACACAGGCACAGCAGCAACCAGAAGCGAUUGCGGAGGAGCAAGAAGAGCCUGCAGCGGAAGACCCGUCACAGCAGCAACCGCAGCAACCGCAGGAGGCUGUGCGGCCUGCACUGACCCCGCAGACGGCGGUGGAUGCGGAGGACAUGGGCGAGGAGUACCUUGCUGGGUGCGACUUCACCCCGGGCCCAGAAGCCGUCGACAGGCUGGCGUUUGAGGAGGGACAGAUUAUUCUCAUCCUGAAGAAGCCCAACGAAAACUGGUGGCUUGGCCGCCUCGGCGACAAGGAGGGGUGGGUGCCGGCGUCGUUUAUGGAUCCCUUGGACGCCGACCCGAUGCUCGACGCCAUGGAUGAGGACCCGGCAAUAGCGCAGGCGAUGGCGGCGGUGCAGAACGCAGACGCCGCGCUGCAGCGACUCGGCAGCCGUGCACAAGAGCUCUCCCUCAACCAGUAG